AUGCGCUGUCUGGAACUACUGUUUGUUUUCCAAGUGACUCAAGUGUACACCUUAAUGCGCAGGGACGAUGUGUUUAUGUUUGACAAGGACUUCAGUGAAACAUUUCUUCCGGCGAACCAGAUAAGUGAAGACUACGAUGUACUGCCAUCGGCACGGCACAGAGUGUACGCCUAUCGUCCGAGCAAAUUUCGGGUCAGCUUCAAUGCUGCGCUCUGCUAUGGCUUGAACCACACAAUUGUGGUUUCUUUUAUGGAACAUUGGGCAGAUGCUGUGAGGAUACCACCACCACUUAUGAUGAAGAAUUCGUUUGUACUAUCAAAAAAUUCUGACGAUGAUGCGAAGGGAGCCAUACCAUUAGCAAUAACCAAAUUCCCUUAUUCUGUGACUGGAUACACUCAAGGAGCACAGGUAUUUUCGGCUGCUGAAAAGUUCACAAUGAUAACCGGUCACUUCUACGUAAGAAUCACGAGGAACGAGGUGCAGUUCAUAGUUUUGUCAACGACUGCAGAUACGGGCGAUGUGUUUGAAAAGACACAAUUGGCAAUUAAUUUUACCAAAUCAAGCCCCAGAUAUAUCGCCUUAUUCGGCACCAACAUGCAGCACUGUCCAGUUUUCAUAUCUGGUCUCGUUCCUGAUUGA